CCCUUGGGGGGUGGGGGGGUGUAUGCGAGGUCUACUAUAAAGGAAUAGCUGGCUCCAGUCACCAGCUCAGAACAGCUCCAGUGCUGAACUAACAACGUCCAGUAAUAAAUUGUACUCUUUGUUGCUGCAAACGCAAUUUGGGAGCUAUACAACAACCAUGAUUAAGAAAAUAUCACCCUCUGAGAAUGAUUUUGACAUCCCAGCCAAGAACUGCUACAGGAUGGUGAUUUUGGGUUCCACAAAGGUCGGGAAAACCGCAAUCGUAUCCAGGUUUUUGAAUGAAAGGUUUGAUGACCAGUACACGCCGACUAUUGAGGAUUUUCACAGAAAGUUUUACAGCAUCAGGGGAGAAGUGUAUCAGCUGGACAUUUUAGACACCUCAGGAAACCACCCGUUCCCUGCUAUGAGACGGCUAUCCAUACUUACAGGUGACAUCUUCAUCCUGGUGUUCAGUCUUGACAGCAAGGGCUCCUUCGAGGAGGUCCAGCGGCUGAAGCAACAGAUAUUCGAAACAAAGUCCUGCUUGAAAAACAAAACCAAGGAGAACGUGGACGUGCCGUUAGUGAUCUGUGGAAACAAGGGAGACGGGGAUUUCUACCGCGAAGUGCAGCCCGAGGAAAUCGAGCAGCUCAUUGCGGGAGAUAGCUCCUGCGCCUACUUUGAAAUUUCAGCUAAGAGAAACACCAACGUGGACAAGAUGUUUCAGACCCUGUUCAGCAUGUCCAAGCUGCCGAGCGAAAUGAGCCCGGACCUGCACAGAAAGGUAUCGGUGCAGUACUGUGACAUUCUGCACAGAAAGUCUAUCAAGAACAAGAAGCUAAAGGAUGACGGUGCCUAUGGAAUUGUUGCGCCUUUCGCACGGCGCCCGAGCGUCCACAGUGACUUGAUGUAUAUCAAGGAAAAGGCAAUUGGUGGAGGCCAGGGUAAAGACAAAGAGAGAUGCGUCAUUUGCUAAAUACUGACUGUAUGUUAAUGUACUGGAAAGAACAUGGUCCAAGUAUGUCUUGGCUGAGGGGUUUCAGUAUCCCCUUGAAUGCAUGGGCACAACAGCUUUGCUGGCAGUUCAGGUCUGGUUUGAGCUUCUGUCUACAGCGUGCGGAGUCUUAGAGGUAUGAUAGAUGCGCGAGGCGCGUACUAUGUGUACAAGACUAAAAAAAUGUUUUGAGGAGUGAAAUGAAGGCAAUGUGCUUAAGAUACACGAAAAACAUACACAAAUGCUUUAGAGUGUUUUUAUUAGAAAAAAUACAACAAAACUUCAGGGUAGUGGAAAUGUGAUUUAAAAAAACUAAUUGUUUACAUUUUGUAAUAUAUUUGAUAAUACAAAAAAGCAAUGUUUUUUGCAACAUGAACAAAUGUUUAUUGUGAACUUUAUUAUUUACACUUGUGAGGUGUUGAGUUAAAAAAUAAAAUGUUUGGUAAAUAA